AUGUCUGGUCGUGGUAAAGGUGGCAAAGUUAAGGGAAAGGCAAAGUCCCGUUCCAACCGUGCUGGUCUUCAAUUCCCCGUCGGUCGUAUCCAUCGUUUGUUGCGCAAAGGCAACUAUGCUGAACGUGUUGGUGCCGGAGCUCCAGUUUACUUGGCUGCUGUCAUGGAGUAUUUGGCCGCUGAAGUUCUUGAAUUGGCUGGCAACGCUGCUCGUGACAACAAGAAGACAAGAAUUAUCCCCCGUCACUUGCAAUUGGCUAUCCGUAAUGACGAAGAAUUGAACAAAUUGCUGUCCGGUGUCACCAUUGCUCAAGGUGGUGUAUUGCCAAACAUCCAAGCUGUUCUCUUGCCCAAGAAGACCGAAAAGAAGGCUUAAAUUAUCUACGAGCAUCAAA